CGUUGGAGCGCCCUCGUCAGGAGACAAACAGCCGCCAUGGUCUCGGAACAGGUGCGGGCUAUCCAAAUCGUAAGCGCCGUCAACUCUGCCGGCGAGUCCGUCGCGCAGACAACCCCGGGCGCCGCUGUGCUGAUCGUCCCAGCGACCAUCAAAGUCUCACUCGACUGCGACGUCCGAGACAUUCACGUCUCCUUUGGGGUCGAAGGAACCAUCGCUGCAACAUGGUACGAGGACGGCCCUCGGCUGCUCUGCAAGCCCUUCUUCAGCAGCGGCGUGGUUGUCUACGACUCAACCGCUUCCGGCCCGCUUUCGGCAGGCACACAUGGGUUUCCGGCCAAGCUUCAGCUGCCACUCGCUCAGACACCGCCGACGUUCGAUUACGGCAACAUCCGCAUCAGCUACAAACUCAAGGCGAUAGCUGUGUGGACCAGACCGAGCAACAUCAUGACCAAGCUCGGGCAGAGCCCCAGCGCAAGCGGCACCCCCGUGCGCUCCAGAAGCACCGAGCGGUCGAUGCUCAUCCUUCCAGGCGACCAUGCGCAGAUGCUGGCCAACCGGCGAUGCCUGACCUUCAGUGCAGCCGUGCGGGUGCCUGACGAGCCAGCCCCGUUCAAGUACCUGGCAUCGCUGCAGCGCAACGUCGUCAUGCCUGGUGACAACAUUGUCGUGCAGCUCACUUGCCAACACGACGAUGGAAAGAUUGCCAUGGUGGUCAUGAGCAUGAUCUUGCGAAUUGCCAUCCGGGAUGCCGAGGACCGCAGCUUUGUCGAGGAAACCCGCUUGGGCGAGCGGACCCGGACGACCCGCUGGAAUGCACUGGAGACCAAAAACCUCCACGGCAUCGUGCCGGCCACGGCCAUCCCGUCGCUCCAGUCGAGCGACGUUCAGGUCCAGUAUGAAGUACGGAUCAAGCUGUUCACGACGCUCUCCAAUCACCCGAUUGUCGACCUGCGCAUCCCCAUCCGGGUCAUCCCGCCGACCGUCAAGACCCUCCCAAACGAGCCUGUGCAGAUCCCCCUGCUGCCUCGGCUGCAGUCGCAGAUCAGAAGCAGCCCCCUGCCGACGGCCUCAGCCGAGUCUGAGGUCUAUGAGGUCGCCUACCCAUACGUACCGAGGCGUCCCGACGAAGUUCCCUUGGACUGCGGAGAUGUGGUCGUUGUCGUCCAUAUCUACGACGACCUGUGGGUCGAGAUCGAGAACAGGGCCAAACAGAUGGCGGGCGUCUGCCCUCUGCAUCACUUGAAGCGAGUCUUUGACAACACCAUGGCUGCACGCGCCUGGAUCCGCAUCGUCGAGCUGGAGGGUCCACCCGAGCCAGCCGCCCAGCCGGACGCCGAGCCGGACGCCGAGCCGGUCGUCGAGCCUGGCACUGCUUCCGAGGCAGCGCCUGUUUCGACCAUGAACCGCAAAUCGUCGAUGCAGCGGCACUUUGAUUUCUUGAAGAGCAACCGCAAAAGUUCGCUCCCCGCCAGAUUGAAGACGGCCUGAGCGGCGCCCGUGAACUGACGCUGUCGCCAUCAGGGCUGCCUCCUUCCUCGAUGCUCAGCAGCGAGUCUCUUCUGAUACUUUCUUUUGUUCCUCCUUCUGUCCUUCCUUCUGUCCU